UCACACCUGAGAGCGCUGGAUCUGAGUAACAAUGACCUGAAGGAUUCAGGAGUGAAGCUGCUCUCUGCUGGACUGGGGAAUCCCCACUGUAAACUGGAGACUCUGAGGCUGUCAGGCUGUCUAGUCACAGAGGAAGGCUGUGCUUCUCUGGUCUCAGCUCUGAGGUCAAACCCCUCACACCUGAGAGAGCUGGACCUGAGCUACAAUCACCCAGGAGACUCAGGAGUCAGACUGCUCUCUGCUGGACUGGAGGAUCCACACUGCAGACUGGAGAAACUCAAUGUGGAACAUGGUGGAGAGAACAGAAUGAAACCUGGACUUAGAAAAUAUGUCUGUGAUCUCACACUGGACCUAAACACAGUAAACAGACACCUCUCUCUGUCUGAGGAGAACAGAAAGGUGACAUGGAGGAGAGAGGAGCAGCCGUAUCCUGAUCACCCAGAGAGAUUUGAGGACUGGGGACAGGUGCUGUGUAGAGAGGGUCUGACUGGGCGCUGUUACUGGGAGGUAGAGUGGAGUGGGAGAAGGGCUGUUAUAGGAGUGACAUAUAAAGGAAUCAACAGGAGAGGAAGGGUUAAGGACUGUUGGCUUGGAUACAAUGACAAGUCCUGGAGUCUGUUCUGCUCUGACAACAGUUACAUUGCCAGUCACAAUAAUAAUCCCACUACCAUAGACGUCCCCUCCUCCAGCUCCCACAGAGUAGGAGUGUAUCUGGACUGGCCAGCCGGCACUCUGUCCUUCUAUAGAGCCUCCUCUGACACACUGACCCACCUGAUCACAUUCACCUCCACAUUCACUGAGCCCCUCUAUCCAGGGUUUUGGGUUUGUGAUGACUCCUCAGUGUCCCUGUAAAUAAUAACAUGACACACUGACACACACACACUGACACACACACACUGAGAUACACACACUGAGAUACACACACACACACACACACACACACACACACACACACACACACACACACACACACACACACACACACACACA